AUGAGAUCGCUGCUGCCCCACCUGUGCAUGGCGCACCUGUGCCUGAGCCCUUCGCCGGUGGAGGGGCGCUCCCGAGGGGGGCUGCCAACUGGAGCGAACCUGUCUCCACCGGGCGGAGAAAUACGCCCCCCAGCCCCUGUGGUGGUGCCCAACCGUGUCUUAAGAAUUAGGUACGUUGCAAAUCAACUUAACUGUUGUAGACGCCCAAGUGAAUGUCCCCCUGCUGUUACAUGUGAUUACUACACAAGUGGGCGAAAGAGCGGAAGGGGGAGACCCCCUCACCGGGGUGCACUCCACUUCGUUGAAGGUACCCUAUCAACCGCAGCAGGAAGAAGAAGAAAAAAAAAAGCGUCUCGCAUUUGCCCUACAACGGAGGAGAAGCCGUUAUCCCUGCGUUUGUCACCAUAUGGUGUGCUGGACCCCCCGACGAUCCGCCAAAAUGAAUCGCGGUAUUCAACGGUUACGCUGAGUGGAGGUGCAGAAAGGAGGGGAGACCCACUGGAAGAGCUUUACCAAAGGGGAGAGGCGAGGAGAAGUGCCUCCCCCAAAUAUGCCUUCUUCAAAAACGCGGGCAGUUUGUUAGGCUUAGAAAAAAUUUACAGGAUAGCCACAAGGAGGUGGAGCACUACCCUUUCCUGGGGUUCUCUCCUGCAGGAGGAGCUGCUCCUUAAGCACAUCAGCCAAGUAGACGACCUUAAGGGACUAUACAGCGAAGAGAUAACGACCAGUCUGUAUGCCCUGAAGCAGAGGGAGGAGAAGAGGUACCUAGAUCGGUUCAGUCCCUCACAGUAUGCCAACGCAUUUAUUUUUUUAUUCCCCCCGCCCAACUUGUCUGGGGAGUUGCACGCCGGGCACUACUUCAACUUCGUGCAGCUCCACGUCCUCCUACUCUUCAGCAGGCACAUCUGGUCCAGGUACUCCCUCGCGCUGUAUGGUGCAGACCACGGAGGACUGAGCGCCCACGCCGCGUUCUCCAGAGCGGCCGACCCAAAGUGGACCAGAGAAAAGCACAUCAGCGAAAUGAAGCGAUGGCAAGAAAAGCUAAAGGAAAAGAUCCUCACGUGCAUGCAAAAAAUGAAUAUUGCAGUUGACAGGAGCCGCUUCUACAGCACCAUGAGUGGAAAUAUGAAGCAACUCGUUACGGAUACGUUCUACGCAUUAUAUAGGAACGACCUCAUUGUUAAGAGGCUCUACCCUGUGUAUUAUUGCCCCCCCUUGGGAACCAUCAUUUCAAAGCUGGAUGUAGAAUUUAGGGAGACGCUCCAACCCAGAUGGAGGGUAACACUUCGCCUGGUGGAUGGUGGGGAAGAAUCUCACGUAGACACAGAGAGUGACUCCCCCCAUGGGGAUAACACCCCUCCAGGGGUGAACUCCAAGCGAACAGUAGGGGAACAGUCCAACUGUAGGUAUCCCCCCCAAUUGCAGCAAACAAAUGAGGUGAAGUUUUUCCCCCAAAGUUCCCACCAUUUUUUUUAUUUAAAAAAUACACAUGAGGUGCCACCCGAAGUUACUCCCUCAGAGAGCAUCCACGUGGAAGUGACCAACUUAGAAGACUUAAAAAGAGUCGUAGCCAUUUUGUAUUUUUCGCCAAAGAAGGAGAAGCGCUAUAGGGGUAAGUACGCCCUGUUGCCCCUCCUAAACAAGGGAGUGCCUUUGAUUUGCUCCAACGAGCGGAACGUUCUCCCCCUACUGGGGGGUAGGAAGACACAGGAGGAGGGGGCUCUGCAUGAACUGGGCCACGGCCAAAGCGCUGGGGAUGUAUUCAUCCCGGUGUUUUCCAAGGAGGAGAGCUACAACCACUAUGCGAAUGGGGGAAGCGGCACAAACGAAGCAGAGUCAUCACAUUGGGUCAACCGAGAGAAACGCACCGUGCGUAAGGAGCAGCCAAACUGCCAAACGGAGCGGAGAGAACUCCCCCCACUUGUGGAGCACCUGCUGGAGAGCGGCCUCGCCAAAGUGGUAACCCCACGGGAGACUCAACUGAAGUGCGCCUUUUAUAAAAACAACGAGUGUAUGCUAACCCUGGCGGAGCAGUGGUGCCUGCGCUAUGAGAAGCUCAGCAAAAUAUUUUUUGAUGGCCCACAUGGAGGGGGAAACCGAAGCUACCGAAUCAUUCCUUCCAAGUAUGGGGGCUACUUCACGGGGGCGUUUCCCCCCCCCAGCGAGUGGACGUUGAGCAGGCAGGUCCCCCACGGGCACCCAGUGCCGCUCUUUAGGUACGAGCCUCCCGGGGGGGGCCUAUCAAAGAAGAGCCACUUGGGAGGAGUGGAAGGCAUCCACUUGGGAGAAGGGGGAGACGCCCAUUUGGAAGAAGCAGCAGACGCCCACUUGGGUACCCCCUCCUGCUACAUCUAUGGUAACGAUGUGGAAGAAGCUUACCAAAACCUCUGCAAAUCGGGGCUGCUUCAUCGCAGCCAAGUGAAGAGGGAGUUCCUAAAAAGGGAGGAGGACGUGCUAGACAGCUGGUUUUCGUCGUGCCUGUACAUCCUACACUGCAUUAAGGAGAUGGGGGUUGACUUGCCCCACUUCCUGCGGGUUAGGAGGAGCCUGGUGGACUUCCUCCUCACGGGGAGGGACAUCCUGCAGCCCUGGGUGGUGCGCAGCUUCGUGCUGCUAAGCUAUGUGAUGGAGCGCGUGGGGGAGGGGGGAGGCAAAGGUGAAGGUAGCCCGAGGAGCGGCCAGAAUAGCAGCCAGGAUAGCGGCCAGAAUAACCGCCGCACUAACCGCCCUAGCAGCGCCCCUCCACCCCUCGCGGGCACCGUCAAGUUCCACGGCCUCCUGAAGGACCAAGCGGGCAGAAAAAUCAGCAAAAGCGAAACCAACGCAACCCACUACGAAGGCCUCGUGAGGGAAGCGAACGUCGACCAGCGGAAGUGCUGUUCAUUAGGCUUUUUCGAAGGGUGCAAAAAGACAAUGGGGGGACAUUCCAACCACUGCAUGGGUCUACUACCCCUCUGUCUAGCAACUACCAAUUGAUGAAGAAUGAGACGCCUCCCCAACUGGAGGAGCAGUCCCCCCUCGACAGGUCAUUCGAUGCCUUUAUGCAGAUCUACACUCUCCUGGCGAAAUACAAAAAGGGGAAGAGCUCCCCCCCCCCGGGACGCACCUUCCAUGUUUACCUUAAGCAGAAUUAUGAAGGUGAAGUGCCACUGGAAUAUUUUAAAAAUGAGGAAGCCUUUUUGGCGAAAUCGCUCGGAGUGAAUGUUCGAUUUUCACUUGGGUGUGAUCAUCGGUUGGCGGGUUCUUCCCCUGGCCAGCCGCUUCCCACAUGGGAGGUGCUGCAUGACGGUUCGUCCUUCACCAUUGCAGUUGGGGGGAGGCGGCCUAACCGCCCAGUGAGUUGACUUCAUCCUGAGGGAGUCCAUCACGAGAGAGCUCAUCACGACCCGCUGCUGAACUGAUGUGCUGACCGCUAAUAGGCCAAUACGCCGGCGCGCCUUUUUUCGCCCAAGGGCUUGGCCCCCUCCGAGGAGCAACUUAAUUACACUGUUUAAUUCCGCGCGCGGUGUCCGCUCGCAUCCCUUA